AUGUCGAAUUUGUCAAAAUUCGUGAUCGAUCGCAACCAAACAGCCAGUCCACACAAUGGCCAAUCCAAAGUCAAGGUUGACCGGCGUGCCGCUGCUGCAAACGCGAAGAUUCCGAUGAAAAAUGGGCUUCCAUUGAUUCAGCCGAAAGCCAGUUCUAACUUAUCAGCCCGUGGCUAUGGAAAUGCUCAGAAUAGCUCGGCAACGUUGCAACAACCCCAGCGUUGGCAAGCCGAUCAAAAGCAUGCUCAGCAUCGUGAUGCAUACGACACUGAUGCAGCGAGCAUUGAUACCACGAUCGAUACCUCUGCCGUCAAGAUAGAAGAAGUUCAGAAUGUGGAGCAAGAAGAUCAGCCACAUGGCCAGGUUAAUGACUAUGCUGAGGAUGAAGAAGAGGAGGGUGAGGAAACAGGAGACGAUGAGCAGGGGACUGACGAGCAAGGAGAUGAAUACUCUGAAGAUUACCAUGAUUUUUCGCGAGAAGAAGAAGAAUUCAUAGCCCGAAACCGACUUGAGGGUAUUCCUCGUGAGGAGCAAGUUCACUUCUUGCAACAGGCACAUAAUGGGGGUUACUUGCUGACAGUCAAGGGUGAUUCAUACCCCCCAACAUCAGAUGGUGCAACUUCAGAAUGGGAAGGCGGACAAGGCGCGCCUGUCGACUUUCACAAUGACGUUCUACGCUCUUCUCCGCCCCGACGCCCCAAUAUCAACAAUCAAUCCACACGUAUGAUUACGCCGCAGCAACAGCAAGAGUCAAAUAUGGCAGCCCCCUCUCAUGCUUUGAUUACGCCACAACCUAUAUUUAAGGCGGGAGCACAUCUACGCGAGCAGUCGCGCUCUACUCCACCAGUUGUGCAAUACGGAGGACCUGGCUACCAACAUCAUACCGCUGUCCCACCAACUAGCCAAUUGCCUACUUAUAGUCAGGCCAAUGUCAACGUUCCUUCUGAGCCACCGCUACACUCGAACCCUCGCUCAAACACUCAUGCACAGGCCAGCAGAUCUCAGCAAAGUGCCUUGCGACAGUCCUCCGGCCCUUCUCGGGCCCAGGUCCAGGUCCAGUUUUCCAACAUCCCGGUUGCACAGCUUCCACCCCUCGGGUACCAACCUUUUGCGCCCGUCAAGCUGGAGCCAGUGAUCCAGCAGCCACGUCUUGAUGAAGUGCCAGUUGAGGAUGUUCAGACUCCAGAUUGCGACUACGACUUUGAGGUUCUUACUAAAAUGAAGUAUGACGAUCUGAAAAAUGAGAACUUCGACACUGAUCCACGUGCGCGGCCCCGUGUGCUUGCUGAGGAGGAAAACCAAAAGGAUCUUUCUGCUCGCUUGAAAUUUGUACAGAGGACUCUAGAUGUCGGUCAACAAGCUGAAUUCUUCAACUCGUUGCCUUCUAGAGAAUGGGAGGAGGCUGGUGAUUGGUUUCUUGACCAGUUCCAGAGCAUCAUCCAACGCACAAGGCAGGCAAGGCAGAAGAAGCGCAAGCUUGCACAAGAGUUCGAAACGGAAGUGGAAAAGCGGCACGAGCAUGUGUCGAAGAAGCAGCACCAAGUGCAGCAAGCGAUGGACAGGAUGAAAGCGCAAGGUGAGGGCCUCGUGCCUAGGAGUCCGAGACCUUCCAAGAGUCCGAGAGCCAAGAGAAGCUAA